UCACCUUUCCCCAGGGUUGGCCAAGGGCUUUGUGCCCCUCACCGUCUCCAUAGGAAUCCUGCUUUCCCAGUCAGCGUCCAGUUCUGUCCUCUCCUAGUCCGAGGUGCGGCCUUGCUCUUCUCCCUGAGGAGAGACCGAGUUCCCACGAUGGCCCGCCUGGAGCCCCCAGCUGGCUUUGGGGGCACUUUCCGAACCCAGCUCUCUUUAGGACCCAGGGGAAGUCAUUUACCCCACGCCUGUCCCCUGGUUGAGUUCCUGGUUUCAGAGGUGGGAAGAGCCAUCACCGUACAGGUGACAUUGGUUCCUGUGUCCAGAAUCCAGGCUAGAAGCCUCUUGUGCCCCGAUCUCAGGUAGGCCUGGAAAGAGGCAACAAUGCCUCUCUCUCAGACCACAGCCUCAGGAUAAAGCCCCACUGCUGGCAAGUAGGACCCCAGCGGCCCCAGCCCAGAAUCUGGUUAACUCCCAGAUUGAACUACCAUGAAACUGCACCGAAAGUCCGUGCUCAGUUUCUUCCACGGAUACAGAACACAGGCUCCAGACCGGGAGGGCAUCUUGCUAAAGAAGGGAGCCCGAAAUAUCAGCUAUCAACGCCGCUGGUUUGUCCUCCAGGGAAACCUCCUCUUCUACCUGGAGCACCAGGCAGACCGCACACCCCUGGGCCUCAUCCUCUUAGAAAACUGCCAGGUGGAGCCACGCCUCGGGGCCACAGAACCCUAUGCCUUUACCAUCUUGACCCCCUGGGUUGAGGGCACAGAAGGUGGGCGGACCUACAAGCUGGCAGCAGAAAACCAGGGAGAGCUGGCAGCAUGGCUGUGGGCACUGGCUGGGGUGAGCUGGAGGCGGCUGGUGGCGCUACUACCCCCACUGGAGGCCCAGUACCGGGAGCUGUGCCAGGCAGCUGGCCAAGAACCCAGCGCACCCCCAGAGGACUGUGGCUUCCUAGCCACCCUCAGUCCCCCCUCCAGCUUCCAGGAGUUGCACGAGCACUUUGGGAAAGAGAUCCGGGUGCUGCAGGUGGUGCGUAGAGGACUCCAGUCCAGUGACAACAGAGGCAGCAGAUCCCAGGCAAAGAGGGAGCAGGAGCUCAACAGUUGUUGAUGAGUGACUGAAAGAUGGACCAAAGGCCAAAAGGUCCCUUCCUGCCAAGACCAGCUGAGUGCUUCAGCAGACACCCAGAUCCUGGCCUGCUCCAUUGUUUCCUCCCCACCCCCACCCCACC